AUGAGCAAUUUAUACGGACUUGUCGAAGCGAUCGAGGGCAUGUUGGCUGAUCAGCAGCAGGAUUUCCUUGAUAACUGCUCGCAAGACGAAGUGCUGACCGCACGGGCGUACUCCGGGCCGGGCUCAGAAUAUCUAGGGGAGCUUCGCAUGGUGAUGUCCCAGCCGGGGCUUAGUCUUCUCGCCAGAGAACACCGCCAUGCGGUCAAGUCAAUACCAAGCAGGUCCUGCCCUUGGCCAGAACCGAUCGGAAAAUGCAACGAGGACUGUACCGUCUCCUGGCAGCUGGGGAUACCUUGUAGUCAUACAAUUUAUAAUAAGUUGGAAGCAGGAACAUUCUUAACGAAAUGGGACGUUCAUCCUCGGUGGCAUUUGAGGGAGCCGACUUCACGCAACCCCUACCGCAGAAUACUCGAUCCCAAGGUUGCAACAAGCCUUCGAGGGCGGCCGAAGAAUGCCACGCAACCUGUCCCGGAGAGUAUGGUAAUUAAUCGGCCAGCCAGUCAAAGCCGUGACGGCCUGGCAGCAACAGGCAAGACUAUUAAAGAGAGCAAGGUUACACGAAAGAAGGCUGCCCUCGGACCAGGCAAACAGACUGGCGUACGACAGGCUGGCCGCAGGAGGCAGCUCAGCGUACGGAGGACCCGAUCCGAAUGGGAGAUCAUCAGCGAAGAUGAGGCUCCGGAACCUGCCCCGAAACGUCAACGUCGAGGCUCUCGUAGGGUGCCAGCCGCUUCAGUGUCAUCCGCCGCCAAGGCUCGAACCCACUACACUGGAUAG